CUUCUAGUGACGUGCCAUCAUGGCGGCCACCUGUCCAGAUGGGGGCAUGAGACAGCUGUAAAGGUGACAGAGGGGCCCCAUGGAGGAAGACAGGUCAGCAGAUGCAGGACGCGGGUACCCUGUGUUCCCAGAGAGACAGAGCUGGGAGAACAAGAGGGAGGCACACAGCCCAGCCAUGUCCAGGUGUCACAAGAUGCUGGAUUUUACCUUGGAGACAAGUCCAUAUGCCAAGUUACUUUUAGAUGCCAUGAAACAAUCUGGCUGCGCAGUUUCCAAGGACAGACAUUUUGCUUGUGAAGACUGCCAAGGGUCAGUAAGUGGAGGUUUUGAUGCAGAGACUUCUGAAAUUGUGUUGUGUCAGAAUAAUAUACACAGCCAAGCCCAUAUGAACAGAGUGGUUACACAUGAGUUGAUUCAUGCUUUUGAUCACUGUCGUGCUCAUGUUGACUGGUUUAACAAUGUACGGCACUUAGCCUGCUCAGAGAUCAGAGCUGCCAACCUUAGUGGAGACUGUUCCAUAGGCAAUGAGAUUAGUCGAUUCAAUUUUGGAUUUAAACAGCAUCAUCAGGCUUGUAUCAGAGAUCGAGCUCUUCGUUCCAUACUGGCCGUAAGAAACAUCAGCCUAGAGGCAGCAGAGCAGGCCGUGGAUGAAGUGUUUACCUCAUGUUUUAAGGAUCACGAACCAUUUGGCCGAAUCCCCCAUUGUAAAAAUGAUGCAGAUAUGGCAUACAGAGAUUUUAAAAAAAGGAGCAGAUAUUCUUCAGACAUAUGA